AUGACUGUUACGCCUAGCACUUCCAUUACUGCGGGUCAGCUCGUCUACGCUGCGGCGAAGCCUGGUACAGCACGCGACUACAUCAAUGAUGUCAAGCUGAAAGCCUGGGUCGACCAUAACUGGGCAGGCAUGCUCAGUGCAGCGCCUGUCUGUCUUGAGCUUCUAGGCUCGUGCUGCCUGGUAGCCUCAAGCGAGAUUGCGCGGACCACCACAAUCAAGCCUCCGGUAGGAGGAUUUAAAUAUCUUAAAGGGUAUUCGCAUCUCACCGCACAUUUGGUCGAGGUGUCCAACCAAGGCCGCUUGGCUUUCAUGACGGCGCGUAAUAGCAUGACCAAAAUCCGUGUAAAUUCUAGGGAAGCGAUUUCAACGAUCAAGAAAAUCACGUCGUAUCUGCUAAAUGAGCCCUUCGAACCCGACACGACAGAGAUAAUGUUAGAUACGUUGAAGACACUUGCCUCCAGCUGCGUCGAGGACUCUGUAGCGAUGGAAAAGGAGUUUGCCAUGUGGCUGAAUUAUAUCAUGGAGUUGCAUGAAGCCUGCCAGGACAAGGAGAGCGCAGAUGCAGCGUUGUUUCAGAAUAUACUCAGCAAAGAAAAGGCAAACGCCAUAUACAAAGAAGAGAAGGACAAGCUUGUCAAACAGCAGACCGAAAGAGUACAGGCACAGGAGAAGAAGGUGAAGGAUGCGUUAGACUCGUACAAUCGUACCUUGGACGAAUUCCCCACCAAAGACGACCUGAUGAAACAGCAACUUAUCAUGAUGGGUGCAGAACUUACAGCUAGCGUUGUGAAGAUUGCAGCGACUGCAGCAGCUGCAUAUGCAUCGCCAGCGUCUGCACUGGGGCUCGGCGCCGAAACAGUCAAAGACGUUAUUUCAGCGAACAAGGAAUCAGGUACCAAGCCAGCCUCAGCCACAGCGGACGAGAAAAGUAGCGAGAAAAGUGGGCAGACGCAGAAAAAGUCUCCAGCGAAAACUGACCCAGCAUUUGUGCGAUGCCCAUUAGUCCUCCAGUGCCUAGAGGCCUUUAAUGAGCUCCUCGAGAAGAAAAUCGACUGGAGUUUAAUAACUGGUGCUAGUGGGGAACGCAAAGAAGAGAAGGCCCCGGAAAACGGGGGGGAGAAGAAAGAGACAACGGAGGGGAAGACGGAGAAGACCCAAGGAAAGGAAACCAAGAAACCAAGUAUGAACCUGGAGCAGGUAAAGCUGCUGUUGCAACGCACGGACACAGAUAUCGAGAAGGCCCGGGAUGAGCGUACUUCUACCGGAAAGAAGUUGCGGGUCAUUCUCAGCAACGCCUUGAAAGUCGCAACUGAGCUUGACGCUGAACGUAAAAAGUCUCGAGAUGUCAAUUGGACGGCACUUGAUGAUGACUCCCCUGAAGUGAAGAAAUGGAGGGAGACCGUUGCCGACCUGCUUUCCAAGGCCCAGAAACUGCAUGCGAAAUCGAUGGCCUCAAACCAGCAGGCUGUGAGCCGCCCGCCAUUACUGUUUAAGAUCCCGGACAACUCGGCAAAGGAAAUCGAGGCAAGAAAAGACCUCUGCCAGCAGACUAUUGAUAGUGCCCGAGUGAAACUUCAGAUCUCUCUGGAUGCUCUCACUGCCCAACAGGAGACGGCCCACAAGAUGACUCAAGAAUGCCUCAAGCUCCAGAAUGAACUAGCCUCGAUUCGGCAGGAAAUCGCAUCCCUUAAUACACAGAAAACAACAUUGGAAGAGGUCCGAAGGGUGUUGCGUAACUGCAUUGCCUUCUUGAUCCAACUUAAGGACCAGGUCACAAGGUUGACGAUCUUCUUCAGCACCGUCGCCACCCUAAUAGACUCGGCAAACAAAAGCCAUGUGCAGCCCUUUACGAAGUUGAUAGGAUCCGCGUCAGAAGCGCUCGCCAAACAGAAACUGCUCAGCCGACAACGUAUCAACGUGAUCUUCCAAUAUGCAAUGGAAGUUGGCGCUAGCUUUUCUCUGUACGAGGACAUCUCCGACAUGUAUAUCCAGGUCGAUUCCAAUCACAUUUUGAAUGGGCUCAAACUGGUCGACGAGAUGGGCCAACUGAGUAGUAGCCCCGGCCAUGUAGAAGAGAAAAAGAAGGAGCUCAGCAAUUAUUCGGCGUCUGCACAGAAAACGGACACAAUCACAGAAACGUCCCAAAAACGUGUUGAGGAGUUGAGACGGCUACUCUCUGACUCAGAAAAUCUUCCGAUGGAAACACCUGUUGACCGCAAGAUGAUUAAAGAGGCUGUCGCGGAGAGCACCAACGAUAUCCGACAGCGAAUGGAAGAUGAUAUGAGUCCAGUAAGGCAAUUGACUUUGGAGCCCGAGCUUCGGGAUGCAAAUGCCAAGAACUUGGCAAGAGCGGCCGAGAUAGUGUCACAGGGACAGCCAGAGGAAGAACAAGAGGACUCUCUUGUGGGCGCUAGCAGGAGUGACGUAGAAGAUUGGUAG